UUUGUAGUUAACUAUAUAUUAUAAGAUGGCAUGAAAUCAAUUUGUCAAAGAUCAAGUAAAACGUCACGUGCAUUCAUUCUCUGUGGCGCCAAUCUUCUUUCCACACCAUAAUCCAUAUAGAUCCAACGAUCACCAAGGAAACUGGAUGAUGUAACGUGAAUGUGGUCUUCCUUGUCAGUGGCACUCCUGUCGCCAACGAAGGAGCUUUUAUACAAAUCAUACACUGUAAAAUAUUACUAAUCGGCGUGAUUAGUAAUAAAUUUGGCGCAAUUAUUGGACUGCGCUUUAAUAGAAUUUUUAUGAGGAUGCAGCGGACGCCGAUAUUACCGAAUCUCCCAGGUUUCAGCUUCGACAAGAACCUCGGUAGAACCAGAUUUCAUAAAAGUCAGCAUUUCGACAAGAUACAUGAUGGAGUUUAUUACUUGUCCGAGAAAGCGGAUACGAACGCCUACAGCCGUUACUCGUCCAUUUACCCCCGGGGAGAGGCGCCGGAAAUCCCGUCGUGGCUCGCGUAUGAUGGUCAAAGACUCAUGUUCAAAGCGUUCUUCCAAGAGACAGUGCAAGAGAGAUGGAAAACGGCCUUUUACAUCCGCGUGGUAAACAUCAGCUUUUUCUUGGAGGAUGGAACGAUGAAAGUCGUAGAACCGUCUGUGGACAACAGCGGUCUUGAGCAAGGUGUGCUGGUCAAACGACAAAGGAUACCGAUACCCGACCCGGUGAAGUACAGAUAUUACGACAUACUCGACUUGAACAUCGGCAAGGAGCCCGAGAUAUACGGGCGAGUGUACAAAAUCGUAGAUUGCGACAAAUUUACGCGGCACUUCCUUACUCGUAUGGGAAUACCGGUGCCUGAUCCUAUCGAUCUACCGAAGGAUCCAUAUUCCAAAGCUCGGAAGGAGAAAGAUGAGACGUUCCCGAGGAAGCCCAGCCGCACAGUGGACACGCUCGGCAACUUCUUGAAGUACGAUAGACAGGUGCUGCGAUUUUACGGAUAUUGGGACGAUACCGAGAACCUUCUUGGCAUCGUUCACGAUCUGGAGCUGCAUUAUUAUCUCUCCGAUGACACGAUGGAGAUCAAAGAGAUCGUGCCGCCGAAUGCCGGCCGAGACUCGGGUCCUAUGUUCGUGAAAAGGAUGCGGAUACCAAAAUUUUACACUGGGUUACAACCUAUUGGCGCGACAGACCCUUCAACAGUUCUAAACGUCUUAGGCGAGAGCGCAACGCAAAGCUACUACAUGAUCGACGCCUUGGAAAUCGGAAAGAUCCCCAGCGAUCAUUACAAGGAUAACGAAUUGGGUAUCGGAGCAGAGAUCAACGUCUUUGGCAGGAGAGUCGUCAUCACGAACAUGGACGCAUUUACGAAGGAGUAUUACCGGAGAAAGUAUGGUCUGGAUGAUUUCACGCCUGUAGAACGACCGAAAAAGGAUUAUGAGCUGUGCCAAAAGGUGGAGAGAUACGUGCCGCCCUAUAACGGCUUCGGGUCUUACGAGGAUUCGCUCGGCAACUGCUUCACGGUAACGCCGAAACCGCCGAAGACGGACUUCAUCAAGUUCUUGUACCACGACAGGCAAGGAUUUGACAGCCACGUUCUGCGAUUCCGAGCGAGAAUGAUAUCGAAGAUACCAAACAACGAAGAAAGGCAAUUCAUCAUACGAGUGUUCCUCAUGGACGACACGAUAUCCAUCUUCGAGCUGGCGAAGCGAAAUUCAGGCUUUCAGAGAGCUUUAUUUCAAAAACGAAUGCCAGUAAUGCUGCCUGGUCAGGAUGUCUUCACGAGCAAGAAGCCAGGGUACUACAAGCCGCAGGAUUUCUACGUAGGAGCACGCGUGAACCUGUGCGACUUUCAUUUUGAGAUUACAUCCGCGGACGUUUACUCUCUCCGUUACAUGGAAUUACAUUGCCAAAAGUUUCCCAAAGCGGACAGGAAACUGAUAAUGCAAAAGCUUCGAAAGAGUUUACAGCCGGUAUAUGACGAGUUUAUUGGAACAUAUACUCCAUGUAAAGAUGCGAAAGAUGAUUUUCGAGUAUUAACGUACGAGAAGCUCAAAGAGGCACUACGCCGGUACAUGGGUGAUAACAUAACGGAACACGAAAUGAUCACGAUUGCUCGAUACUAUUCGUCCCACGAGAAGAAAGAAUCUCGCUCGAGGGAGUACGUGAGGAGUUUGCUGCACACGGAACUAAAUCGAUUUCUAUGGUGUGAUCUCGAUCGCUUGGAAGAGGACCUGCAUCAUUGGGAUAGGAACAGAACGGGAUUCUUGCCUCGGGAAUCCCUGUAUACGAUCUUGCGCGGAUGCAGGAUUCCCGUCGACGUGGAGUUGCUGAAUUCUGUGCUGGAUCACUUGUGCAAAGCCGAGGAUGGUAAGCUCGAUUACAACGACCUGCUGCGAUUCCUGAACGUGACGAUCGACCCUCUGCCACCGGCCACGCCUGUGAACGUAAAGACGGCACUGUGGUGGGCGUCCGAGGAACAGCCGGAUUGUGGAAGCGGAAUAAAUUGGUGCGACUUUAUGAACGAUCUGGACAUUCAUACAUAAGAAAACGUGGCGAAAAACGAAAGUACAGAAACGCAACUCGCGCAGACGCAUUGAGUGAGUCAGAUUUACACAUCGUUCUACAAAUAUUGUAUAAUUGUAUUACUAAUUUUUUUAAGUCGACGUACUUGCAUAUUUGUAACAAUAUUUCGUGCUUUUGCUAUAUUUUGCAUAUUUCGCUAAAUCGUGAGUAGUGAGAGCUUUGAACUGGGCUUGAGUUUGGCUCAAAGUGUAUCAGUACAAUAAAAACUUAUCUUGCCAAAAAUUCACUCUUUUAAUCCAUAAUUAAUUUUUUAAAUUAUUUUAUACAUCAUAUAAUAUUUAAUACUCAUAUAUGCUAGUAAAAGACAAUUGCAAAUAUACAAAACAAUUAAUAUUCAAUUUUUAUCCAUUAAAUUAAACGCUUCAAAAGAUUAACAUACUAAUUUUCACUCAUAAUCUUACAUAAUUCGUUUUUGCACAAUUUGAAAUUCGCGCGUAAUCUAAGCACCACCAUCCGACUAUCGAUACUCUCGAAACGAUCGAGGUGUCGAUGCAACGGCGCGCGUAAUCAGAUACGUUCGCUUCGAACGCGCUUCCCGUUACGGGCGUGCAUCUGGUGCGCGUAUUUACGUAUAUUUCACUAUCGAAAAAGGAAAUCGUGAAUGAAGUUAGUGCGGAAAUUGCGGCGGAAAGUAUAAACUGUUGACCGAGGCAAUAAUGUGGCGCGCGAGUGCCGCGUAAAGUUGCUGCAAUCGUCGGGAUUGUGAAUUAACCUGUCCAACUGCGUGCCGAAGGUAGCAGCCAAGAAAACAAGAUGAACGGCGGACUUGCAGCUCGGAUAUCGCCCGGUGAGGAAGGCUGUUCUCGAUGGCGUGCAUAUCGGCAGCACAUAAUGUCGGUUCAGUAUCACACCAUGAUACGCGAGAGCGUCUAUGUUCGGCGUAGGGAUCUCAUCGGCACCAUGAAAACCGACGUCAUUCCACCCCUUAAUUAUCGAGGCAGAAAAAUAUUUUUUUCUUCAUAACUUGUCAUGGACCAGGUGCUUCGUGUAAGACAGAAAUCUGUCUGAUUUAUAUUCUGGCGGUAACGUAUAAAUUUGCACGACUUGACUGGUUGCCUUGAGCUACAUGCGCUAUUUUAUAAAUAGUCAUUAGGUAUAUAACGUUUCAAAAUAUAUGCAAAUUACAAUAACUCGUUAGUCAACUUCAGAUAGCGACUAUCGUGCAAAUUUGGCUAGCAUGCAAGUUUUGUAGCGAACGCGAAGUUUAAGAGAUCGUCUCGACUACGUGAUCUAUUCGCGAGUCAAACAAGAAAUACUAAUUCUUUGCAAUAUUAAAUCUCUUUAUUGUUUCUGAAAUAUCUUGUAAAAUCGCUUUUUUAGAUGCUUCUAAAUGCAACAAUUGCCGUCAUUGAGGAAAUCCAGAGAAGCAG